AUGCGGCUCCUCGAUACCAAGAAGCUGCGCGUCGUGGAAUUUGCCGACAACGCCAUUCCCAGCUACUCGAUCCUGUCGCACACGUGGGGCGACCAGGAAAUCACAUACCAGGACAUCGUGUCGCUCAGCAGCGGCAGCCGCAACCUGUCGGCCGUCUUCAAUCUCGACUCGGAGGUCAAGAGCAAGAAGGGCUUCGCAAAGGUCAAGAAUGCCGCCGCCCUGGCCGCUGAGGACGGCUUCGCUUACCUGUGGAUCGACACGUGCUGCAUUGACAAGGCCUCGUCGGCCGAGCUCUCCGAAGCCAUCAACUCCAUGUACCGCUGGUACGAGGAGUCGGACUUGUGCUACGCCUACCUUUCCGACGUCGUGCCUGCCAGGGAGGAGCUGCCCUCGGCCGCGAACUCGACCUUUCGACGCAGCAGGUGGUUCACCCGCGGAUGGACGCUGCAGGAGCUGCUGGCCCCGAAAGAGGUCCGCUUCUUCGCAUCAGACUGGUCCUAUCUCGGCUCUCAUAUCCCCCCGUCUCCAAACAUCAUCGGCAAAAAUCUCCUCACUGAAAUAACCUCGAUCGAUCAGCGGGUGCUCCAAGGCACCCUCGAGCCCCGUCAAGUCAGCGUCGCUACCCGCAUGAGUUGGGCAGCCUCGCGAGAGACCACGCGGCUGGAGGACAUUGCCUACUGCCUGCUCGGCGUCUUCUCUGUCAAUAUGCCGCUGCUGUAUGGGGAGGGCCGUCGCGCUUUUGUUCGGCUACAGGAAGCCAUUCUUCGCGAGACCGACGACCAGUCUAUCUUCGCUUGGAAAUCCCUCUCCAGAGACGCACCCAACCACCUCUCGGGGCUGCUGGCAGACUCUCCAAAGCUGUUCCAGACCGCCCGCAAUAUUCGCGCCCUGCCGCCGCUCUUGACGGGCGACAAGGUCCCCACCGUCAUGUCUAGCCAGGGCCUCCAGGUCCAGCUUUUCCUCAAGCCCACAUCUAUUACAUCUACAAUCGAGCAGGAGGAAUAG